AUGGAGACGGUGGGAGAAAGCUCCCAAAUGAAGACCCCACAACAUGUGUCGAGUACAAAGGUCGAGUUGAAGUUGUUAACUGGCAACGAGAACUUCACGCUUGGGCAAAGGAGGAUGAAGCAUGUCUUUAAGCAGAAAGGUCUCAGCUUCGUUUUGGUAGGCAAGAAGAAGCCGAACACCAUGACAUAUGCAAAAUGGGAAGACCAAAAUGAGCUUGCUAGAGGAUUUAUCGAACAACACCUCACUGACGGAGUGUUGUGUAAUGCAAUAGAAGAUACAGCAAAGUAG